GUUUAUGUGUACUAUGGUUAAAAAUUCAUAUGAUUGUUUACGUCAAUGGAGUUGAGUGUUUAGAUUGAGAGUUAUUAUAGGGAAUGGGAGAAAUUAAAGCCAGCAUAUUUGUUUGAAGUUCUUUAUUUUUAGUGCAGUCAGUAAGUGAGAGACUGAAUCAUGCCACCGACUAUACAAACAAAUCUAACCGCUCAAGACAAGCGACCAGUAAGGCCUGGUGAAAGAAGAUCCGAACUUGUGUGUAGGGUAAAGUACUGCAACACGCUACCGGAUAUCCCAUUUGAUCCUAAGUUUAUAACUUAUCCAUUCGAUUCAAUUAGGUUCAUCCAGUACAACCCCACGUCGCUGGAGCGCAACUACAGGUACGAGGUGCUGACGGAGCCCGACAUGGGGGUCACCAUCGACCUGAUAAACAGAGACACGUACACGUGCGAGCCGGGGGCUGCGCUGGACCCGGCUGACGAGAAGCUGCUGGAGGAGGACGUGCUCACGCCGCAGGACUCCAAGAGGUCGCGUCAUCAUGCACGAAGCGUGUCCUGGCUGCGCCGGACGGAGUACAUAUCCACCGAGCAGACACGCUUCCAGCCCCAGAGCAUGGACAAAGUGGAGGCCAAGGUCGGCUACAGCAUCAAGAAGACCCUCAAGGAGGAGACACUGUACAUGGACCGUGAGAGUCAGAUUAAGGCCAUUGAGAAGACCUUCCAGGAUGCAAAGCUGCCAGUAGAGAAGCACUACAGCAAGCCGAAUGUUUUUCCAGUAGAGAUCCAGCCUGUGUAUCCAGACUUCAAGGUGUGGAAGUAUCCGUGCGCGCAGGUGAUAUUCGACUCGGACCCGGCUCCGUCAGGCCGCCCCGUGCCCGUGCAGAUAGAGGAGAUGUCCCAGGCAAUGAUCCGGGGUGUGAUGGACGAGAGCGGGGAGCAGUUCGUGGCCUACUUCCUGCCCACGGAGGACACUCUGGAGAAGCGCCGCCUCGACACCACCAACUCGGUGCCGUACGUGGACGACGAGGAGUACGACUACAAGAUGGCCCGCGAGUACAACUGGAAUGUGAAGAACAAGGCGUCCAAGGGCUACGAGGAGAACUACUUCCUGGUCAUGCGGCAGGAUGGUGUCUUCUACAAUGAGCUGGAGACCAGGGUGCGGCUCAGCAAGCGGCGGCAGAAGAUGGGCCAGCCACCCAACAACACGCGCCUGGUGGUGAAGCACCGCCCUCUGAAUGCCACGGAGUACCGCAUGCAGCGGUACCGCGAGCGCAUGCUGGAGCCACCUGGCGAGGACGAGGAAGAGGAGCAGGAGGAACAGGAGGAGCAAGAAGAGCAAGAGGAGCAGGAGGAGCAAGAAGAAGCAGACGAGCAGGAAGAGGAGGACAAGUCAGACAACGAGCGGGCGGAGGACGGAGGGGCGCUGGCGGAGGAUGAGCAGGAGGCGGUGGACAAGGACGAGGAGACAGCAGCAGAGGAAGAUGUGGUGGAGGAAGCAGAGGAGGAUACGGCGGACGAGGGGGAGGGGAAGGCGGGAGCAGACGAGGCGCAGGAGGAGGAGGAGGAGGAGGAGGAGGACAGGAGCAGCAGCAGCGCGGCCGACAGUGGCUCGGAAGCGGGCAGCGAGGACGGAGGGGGAGCUCCCUCCAGGACCUCGCGGUCGUCUCGCUCCCGCAGCUCGUCCAGCGCGAGCGCGAGCGGCAGUGCCAGCGACAGCGACAAGUGAGCCAUCCCGCUUCUUGCACUUUUCAGUACCUACAUCGUGUUGCGAUUUUGUAAACUGAGUUUAUCGUGUUCUCUUCUAUUUUUUUAAAUAAAAUAUUUUUUUUUUUGAUGACA